AUGGCCUACCUGACCAUGACGCCCGACGACAUCCAGGGCGACUACACGUGCGACGUGCGCGUGGAGGACUACCGCCUGAGCAGCAAGAAGGCCGAGUACAAGGUCGUGGUGCAGCUCUCCUUCUACUCGUCGCGUGCGCACGCCACGGGGCGCACGAGCUGGCACAUCUGGCGCAGCUUCUCGGCCUUCCGCAAGCUCGACGAGCAGCUGCGCAAGCGCAGCGCCGCGCUCAUGAAGGGCGUCAAGUUCCCGCCGCUCUACCGGCGCAAGGCGCUCUUCCGCGUGGACAAGAGCCCCGAGUUCCUGGGCGCGCGCGCGCGCGAGCUGGACAACUACAUGAACGUGGUGACGCACAAGCCGCAGCUCGUGGCCUUCCACCUGGCGGCCGUGGCCAGCCAGACGCUCAAGAGCUUCGUGGGCUUCAACUCGGGCUUCGGCGCCAACGCCGAGUACGACCAGCAGGACUCCAACCUGCGCCCGUCCUCGUCCAUCCUGGCCUCGCCCGCCGUCGUGCAGGCCACGGCCAGCGUCAUGGGCGACGACGACGACGACUUCCGCUCCGUGUCCAGCAGCUCCACCGUCUCGUCUUUCGCGUCCACGGCCAGCGACUACCGCUGGUCCGGCACGGGCUUCGUGGGCAGCCAGAGCUUCGCGCGGCACACGGUGCCGCAGGUCGGCGCGGCCGGCAGGACGUCCUUCGCCAGCAGCCGCUCGAGCUUCGCCGGUAACUCAUUUGGGGGCUCCAUGGGCCCCGGAUCGUCGCGCGGCAGCUGGUUCCCGGCGUCGUCGACAGUGUCGGACACGAGCGGACGGGCCUCGAUGGCGUCCGUGUCCAGGGGCUCCAUGAUGGCCAUGACGGCGCCGGACAUCAUCACGCCCGAGCUGGAUAUGCAGCGCGCCAAGAUGGAGGACCAGCUCGUGCAGAUGGGCCUGGUGGGCGUCGGUAUGCCCCCUGACGGAUCGUGCUUGCUGCACUGCAUCGUGUACGAGAUGUACCCGCUGCAGUGUCUGAGGGAGUACCCCGCGGGGAUGACGGUGGUGAACGUCGGCGCGGCGGACGGCGUGGCGCCUCGACGAGUGGCAGCGGCGCAGUUUCUCAGGAUCAAGCUCAUGGACUAUGCGCUGGAGCACAUCAAGGAGCUCUCAGGCUUCUUGAUGCAGGACGAGGAGGACGUGCGUGAGCGGUAUGAGACCUUCAGGGACACUCCGGAUGAGCAGGCGACCACGGCCGAACUGUACGCGGUGGCGAGCAUGUUCAACAUCGAGUUGGUGCUGAUCUCCAACGACGAGAGCUUCCAGAUCGACCCCGUGCUGCCGGUGGACGGCCUGCCGUCGGUGCGCGAAGGCCCGCGGCGCACGGUUACGCUGGGUUACUUGAUCCCGGCCGACGGACUCGCUGGCCACUACAUCUGCACGCGCGAACAGCGCGCGCAGGUCGGCAUGCCUCAGAACACGUUUGUCGGAGGCAGCUACCGCGGAUCGAUCACAAUUGGACCUCCGAAGAAUAUGAGCUGUGGCGCCUCGAAUACCCGGCGCUUCGAGCGGAUCCCGGAGCAGCGGGUCGAGUAA